UUCCACAAAAGGAACACAACACACAGCUUCUCAAAUCCACACAUAGAGAGAGAAAGAAGAGAGAGAGAGUGUGUGUGUGCUGUCAUUUUGCUGCAAAAGAAUCAUUGAAGUAGAAGUAGAUUCAGACUGUUUGAUACCCAAAAGAAAAAAGAUAAAUCAAAACAUGGGUUAGACAAAGUUGAAUUCCCUUUUGGUUUCUUUCUCAUAAAUACCUUUUCGUUUGAUUUUAGUUUUGCCCCAGAUACUAGCCAUGGCUCUUCCUCUGAAACCUUCUUGAGCCAUACAUAUAUCAAGCUCAAAACCAUCAUCAGGCAGGGUGACAUAUUCCGUUGGUGGUUUGAUCUUUGAAGAAAGUACCUCGUCUUGAAAAUUCUUAAGAUUGUGGAAGCUUCUUCAUGUGUUGAUUAUGGUGACAUAAACUUGAGCAUUCUUAAAGCUUCUUUCUGACCCAUUGCCAUGGGUAAGAAAUUCAAACUUCUGGAGUAGUUAGCAGUCCUGUCUGUGGCACUUGGAAAUUGAAUUUACAGUAUUGGGUGCAUUAUUUGAACAUGAUGUUAAGUGUCUUUCCAGUACUGUGGCAUUACAGUAAAUCCAUGCAUUUAACUGUACAAAUGAGGCUUUGAUUUGAUAAUCAAGGAUGCAGAAACACCAAUAUUCCAUGGAACCUAGAAAUGAAGAAUUCCAUUCUGCACCACAGUUGGUCCCGCAAGACCUUCGGGAUAGCAUUCUCAAUGCACGACCUCCUCCGGCGUAUAAUGUGUCAGAAAAUAAACCUGUUAAUUACUCCAUACAAACUGGUGAGGAAUUUGCUCUCGAGUUUAUGAGAGACAGGGUGAAUCUCAGGAAGCCUUCCUUUCCAAAUGUUGUGGAUGAUCCCAAUUAUUCCACAGGCUAUAUGGAGUUGAAAGGCAUUUUAGGCCAUACAGGAUCUGAAAGUGGAUCAGAUAUUUCUGUGAUGACAAAGGUUGAAAAGGGUCCAAAAGAGCUUGACAGAAGAAACUCUUCUCAACAUCAGGACAGAAGUAAUUAUGGUUCAGCUCGAUCAAUUCCUAGAACUUCAUCUAAUCAAGACAAUUACCGAGUCCUUCAUGGUACUGCCUCUUCCAUUGCUUCUGAAAGCGCAUCAAUGAAGAUGAAGGUUCUAUGCAGCUUUGGGGGUGGAAUAUUGCCACGGCCUAGUGAUGGAAAGCUUAGAUAUGUUGGCGGUGACACACGUAUUAUUAGUAUUAGAAGGGACAUACGUUUUCAGGAGCUUAUGCAGAAAGCAUCAUCAAUCUAUAGUGAAGUUCAUGUGAUAAAGUAUCAGCUCCCUGGAGAAGAUCUUGAUGCAUUAGUUUCAGUAUCUUCUGAUGAGGAUCUGCGGAAUAUGAUGGAGGAAUGUCAUGAUCUACAAGGCGGAAGAGGAUCAUCAAAGCUUAGGAUGUUUCUGUUCUCUAUAAAUGAUUUGGAUGAUACUCAGUUUGGUCUUGGAAGCAUUGAUGGUGAUUCCGAAACCCAGUAUUUAGUUGCUGUUAACGGGAUGGACGUGGGUUCAAGAAACAACUCGAUCCUUCGUGGUGAAAACGGCUCUACUAAUAACCUACAUGAAUUGAAUGGACAAAAUAAUGAGAGGGAGACCAACAGACGUCUGAUAGACUCAUUUGGUGUUAACACUUCUUCCUUGACUGAUAAUGUUAAAUCAUCAUUGACUAUUCAGUCUUCACAACCAAUGCUUCCGCCCUCCUCUAAUGCUUAUGAAACCCAUCCAUUGUUUUAUGAUGACCCUGUCAUUCACCAUGGGGAAGCUGGUCAAUAUCCACUUCAUCAUGGUCAUGAUCCUUCUAACAUCUCCGCUCGCAAUCUUAGAGAGGUUCCAGUUUCUAUGCCCACUCAUGGUCUUGUUAACCAAGGAAUCAUCAAUGAUGGACAAGCAUUCAGUGAGUUGCAGGUACAAAUUUCAGAUGUGCCAGCAACAAUGGUGAGAAAAAAGGGUGAUAAUUUCAUUCAUACAGGCAAUGACCCAGGAAAAGUUUUUCCCUUGGAAUCACCAUAUCCUGUUCCUUUGCAGCCAUUUGAGGGCAAUUUGCAUGGUAAUUUAUCAGAGGCAUCAGUUACAGCUGCUAUAUCAGAAGGGCAUCAUCCUGCACUGCCAUCAAAGAACAAGGGUAAGCACCAGCAGUCUGAAGAUGCCUCUUCAUUAAUUAGUAGUAUGAAUCCCACGCAGACUCCUAAGUCUGGUGAAGAUGACUUCUAUACUACACCCACUGAUGCAUUCAGCCGUGCUCAUGUUGAUGCCGAGUCCAAUGUGAUUGAUUUCAGUUACCUUGAACCACCUGCACUUCCCAACAGAGUCUAUUAUUCAGAGAGAAUUCCAAGGGAGCAGGCAGAUUUGCUGAACCGAUCUACAAAGUCAGAUGAUGCUUAUGGUUCUAACUUACUCAUGUCAGAUUUGCUUUCUGACUUCAACCAGAACAAUUCAAUUACAGAAUCCAGUGACAUAUUGCACAAUGACAUGUCAAAUCUGAACAUUGUGUCCAGCUCAGCAGCAAGGCCCUUGCAUGCAGAUGGCCAUACCAUUGAUGAUGGAUUUGCCCAACUGCCGACAUACAAACAGUUGCCUGAUGCAACAAGUAAGGUGACUUCAAAGUUAUCACAGCAUGUGGAUUCUGAGUUGAAGCAAGUGUUGGCAGACAACAAAGUUUCUAGAAAUGAGGAUCGGGUCCUUAGUUCUGAAAACGAAAACAAUCGCUCCAAAGACAACCAUAAUAUUCUCUUAGUUGAUGAAGUCAAAGGUACUGAACAUCUUGCAUUUCAUCGGGUUCCUUCUGUUGAAUACAAUCAAAAUCUAGCACCUAAACUUCCUGACCUCAAUUUGGCUGAGAUUUCUACCAAGGAAUCUGAUAGUGAUACUAAGGUCCAAUCUCAGCCCUUUCCUUUAAAUGGAAACAAAGGUCAAGAUGUUUCUCAAGAUUUCCCCCCAGAAGCUAAAUCUAGACCUACUCAGGGUGACAUUCUGAUUGAUAUUGAAGAUAGGUUUCCCCGUGAUUUCCUUUAUGAUAUGUUCUCCAAAGCAGUACAUACUGAAGAUUCCUCGAGCAUUGGUCCAUUACCAACAGAUAGAGCAGGUUUGAGCUUAAACAUGGACAAUCAUGAGCCUAAAAGUUGGUCAUAUUUUCAGAACUUGGCCCAAGAGGGGUUUGAUAAUGUUUCUCUAAUUGAUCAGGAUAAUCUCGGUUUCUCAUCUGCUGUGAGAAAAGUACAAGAGAGGGAUAGUAAAUCUCAGCAAUCUGCUCCUCUACCAGCAGAUGGUAUUUUGGCAGGAACCAAGGAAUCCCACCUAAAUUUUGGUGAAGAAAAUCAGAAAAAUGUACCUGUAACAACUAAAGCAGAAGCCACUGUUUUUCUCCAAAAGUAUGAGCAUUCCCAACCACAGGGCAAUGAAAAUAAGAAUAUGGAUGCCAUGAUGGAAAACAUAAGACCACAGGAAUCUGAAUACCAGGAUGGCAUGAAUGAAACAAGGAAUGUGGGUGUAGCAGGGGAUUUUGACACCAGUACUGUACAGUUCAUAAAGAAUGAAGAUCUUGAAGAACUGCGAGAGUUGGGUUCUGGUACCUUUGGUACUGUGUACCAUGGAAAAUGGAGGGGAUCAGAUGUUGCAAUUAAAAGAAUAAAGAAAAGCUGCUUUGCUGGUCGAUCUUCAGAACAAGAGAGACUGACCAUAGAGUUCUGGCGGGAAGCUGACAUACUUUCCAAGCUUCACCAUCCAAAUGUGGUGGCCUUUUAUGGUGUAGUUCAGGAUGGACCAGGAGCAACGUUGGCGACUGUUACCGAGUACAUGGUGGAUGGUUCUCUUAGGAAUGUUUUGCUUCGUAAGGAUAGGUAUCUUGAUCGCCGCAAGAGGCUGAUAAUUGCCAUGGAUGCAGCUUUUGGAAUGGAAUAUUUACACUCAAAAAAUAUUGUGCAUUUUGACUUGAAAUGUGACAAUUUGCUUGUGAACUUGAAGGAUCCUAUUCGGCCAAUAUGCAAGGUUGGCGAUUUUGGUCUAUCAAAGAUUAAGCGAAAUACAUUGGUGUCUGGUGGUGUGCGCGGAACUUUACCUUGGAUGGCACCGGAGUUGCUAAAUGGUAGCAGCAAUAAGGUCUCAGAAAAGGUUGAUGUGUUCUCUUUUGGCAUUGUCUUAUGGGAGAUCCUUACUGGUGAUGAGCCAUAUGCAAAUAUGCACUAUGGUGCAAUCAUAGGAGGCAUUGUGAAUAACACCUUAAGACCUACAAUCCCCAAUUAUUGUGAUCUAGAGUGGAAAACAUUAAUGGAGCAGUGUUGGGCACCAAAUCCUUCAGUCAGGCCAUCUUUCACAGAGAUUGCUCGCCGCUUGCGUGUGAUGUCAGCAGCUGCUAGUCAGAUGAAAGGGCAGGGCCACAAGGCAUCUAAAUGAAGUCUCAUUGCCACAAAUUGUUCAUUCAUUUGUGCUCCAAAAAAGCUAUAUGUUACUGCUAUAUAAGGGCUAACAACAAUUGUUUGUAUUGUAGUUUUCUGGUCCUGCUCUUUUUGUUGUUGAUUGUGAAUAUGUGUACAUGUGUGUGAAACCACAUAUAUAGGCUGUGCAAGUUAACAUUUGGACUUGAUGCUAUUCCACAGUGAAUUUUGUUUGGAAUGUCAGUUCCCUCCUUUUACUUUCUCA